AAAAAAUAGUUUUUUAAAAGAAAAACCAGUUGGAUACCAAAAAUAUUUGCCUACAAGAAAGGGGGGAGUUGCUGUUUCUUGAAGGAAGAACCUUAAUAGUUGAUACUACUUUCUGUAUUUGUCACUUACUCUCAUAAUUCUUCCCCCUUUUUCCAGCAUGGAUGUCAAGGUCUGCCUGUUUCUUGUCCUACUUGGUGCUGUGUGUUGUACAGCUAGAGAAUUAGCAGUCCCUGACCUCCUUAUUAUAGAAACCGAGGAUGUUUCAGCAUUGUGGACAAGUAACCUACAGGCACAGAAACAACUUCAGCCUCUGAAAGAUGUCAGCCAUAGUAAAGGAUUAUGCACGUUGUGUGAAGAAUAUACUGCUACUGCACUUGGUUACCUUGCUAAUAACAAGACCCAGACAAAGAUAUUUGACAUACUUCUCACGACCUGUUCAAAGAUGCCAAUAUACAAGCAGGAGUGCACUGCCAUGGUGGAUAAAUAUGUCCCUCUCUUCUUCUUAGAGAUCUCCAGUAUAAAACCUGACGACAUUUGCCAAAAGGUUGACCUUUGUCGGAAAGUGGUUUCCAUCUCUCAACAGUUCUCCCAAAAUGGCUGUGACUUAUGCCAUCAAGUGGUUAGCGAGACACUAUCAAAACUGAAAGAUCCUGACACCCAGUUAGACAUACUUCAGUUGCUCUUGAAGGCAUGUGAAUCUGUUGAAAAAUACGCCAAUAAGUGCAAGAAAAUGGUCUUCGAAUAUGCACCAGUAAUCCUCAUUAACGCGGAAAAUUUUCUGGAGAAAAAUGACGUAUGCACUAUUCUGCAUGCCUGUCAGCCUGCUAUUGAUAAAGAGGAAGCAUUACCAAAGAUGCAAACUUCACUGCAUUCUGCCUCUUAAGUGAAGACAGGUUGCUGAGCCUAGCUUGGUAUGUAUUGUAUGUAAACAAUUGGAUUACCAUCUUUCAGUUUGUGCCUUGUUUGUGUAUGUGUAAACUUUAUCUCUUCUUUAUAUACAAUGACGUUUAUGGAAGAAGCUCAAUUUAAUAAAAGUUACGUUCUUAA